UUCAUAAAUAUUUUUCAAAAAGUUCACGGUCAUGAUAGUUGCUAGGUAACUGAAACUGAAAAAAAUAAUCAGUAAUUAUCAAGCGUUUUCGGUGCACUUAUUUAUUAUUUUUAUUUAAAUAUAUACAUUAUGAGUGUUGUAAAACUCGCUUCAGAACCUGUUUCCACUGAAAAGAAUUUAGAGAUGGGACCGAUGGAUACACUGUUAGAAGUUAAUGAAAAUGUGGCCAGUAAAAUAUUCGAUCGACCUUUGGAAGAAGGUGAAUUUGAAGAAAUAUCGCCGAGAAUUUUCAGUUUAAAAGAUGUCAAAGAAUCUUUGACUAAAUCAUCAUUAAACAAUGCUAUUUAUGAACUCGGUGUCGUUAAUCUGUGCUGGCCUGAAAUAUCGGAACCAGUAUUUGAAACCCGUACCUGUUUUCCCAAAAGUUACUACACGAAUUCUGCCAAAGAGCGUCUUCUUUUGGCUUACGCAGAGAACUUUAGACGACAAUUUCAGUUUCAUUAUCGAGCUCGGAAGCCAUUAUUGCUUCAAGCUCCCAACGAAUGUGGUUUGCAGAAAAUGGUGUGCACAACAAUAAGACCAACGAAAUUAUGUUAUGCUGAUACAAAUACGUGGCAAGGGAUUGCUAACUUGGUUGCUGAUUAUUUCGACUACGAGCCUCUCAAGAAACCAAUGCUGCAUCCAGAACGCCUGAUGUCUCCGUACACAGCUAUCAUCCGUCGCAGCGGCAAUCCUUUCGAAAUAGCCCACGUCCUGGUCUCCUGGCUCAUCGGUGCCGGAUACGACGCGUAUAUAGUGGUAGGCUGCGCCAAGAGGGACGUCUGCAUGGCCAUACGAUACCGGACUGUUUGCCCUGAUAUACCGGACGAGAGUGAGAUAGUGGAAGAAGUACCACCGCCAGAAGAAGAGCCUCGGUACCGUCUAGUGCCUCUACCAGAUCUAACCUCCAAAUACUGCCAGCAGAUGAACAAAAAGGAAGAAGAUAAGAAGCAAAAUGAAUUAGAUAAGAUCGAGAAUGAAAGAAUGAGGAAAAUUGCGGAUUUGGAAAAACCGCCGCACGAUGAAAUCGACGGCUGGCGGACGCACGCCUGGAUAUUAGUUUUGCCAGGCAGCAUGGGUGUCGAAGAGCCAUUCUUCAUAGAGCCCAGUGAAGGCAACCAGUAUCCGCUAGAAGCGAAACAGUACCAACAUCUGGACAGUGUGUAUAAUCAUGAGAAUUAUUAUGUGAACCUUCAGAGUUGCGACAAUGGUUUGAAUAGCCUCAACUAUGACUUAUCCGAUAUAACAUGCUGGGAACACCUUCUCGCUGGCGAGCCAUUUUCUAGAAGACAAAUGGUGGGAAUCGACACCGCCGACAAAAAAACAGCAGUUGACACCGAGAAGCAUUUGGACGUUCCAGCUAGCUGGGUGGAGAAGUUGGAUAUCACUGCUGAUGAAUACGAGCAGAGAUAUCCAGGCAGUCACAAAGUGAUACACUACAAGAAGGUGGUACUGGAGAAAUUUUCACCGUACUCACAGAGAGAUGGCAUCGUGAAGAGAGUCAAGAUUUUUGAUGAUUAUGCUCUCACUAUACCUCUUAUUACUUACGAGUGGUAUAAGAAUAGGGUAGACAAAAUGGAGACUGUCAGAAUAGACCAUGUCAAAAGACAAGUAUUGGAGAGGUUCGGAGUCGGCAGAAGGGAUCACAUAAUAAAGCAUGUGUAUUCAAUGGACGCACCGGCCGUGUCGGUGGAAGGCGAUAGGACCUUGGAGUUCAAUUAUUACGCCCGUCUCGAUCACCUCACGAAGCUGGUCUGCUCGCCGCUGACCUUCGAUGAAUACUACACCGACAGGGAUGACAGGUUAGAAUCUAGAAUGAUCGUGUACAUAGAAGGCACCAAAGCGGAGCCUAAACGUCAAAUGAAGGACAUAACAGAAACAUACAGGAGGAACCCUUCUAUACCAGCCAAGGAUGACGUUUUUAAGAAAAUCUUUCAUAUCCAAGAUAACACAAUAGAACUGUUCUACCAUUACGCAUAUAAUUUCAUCACGAAUAACACUAGGAGCUAUAUUAAGCCGAACUUAGCUGAGACCGGGGGCAAGAUUCUUUAUUACCCUGAAAAAACUUCAGGCUACAUUGCUGACCCAUGUGCUAAGCCCCCACGGCCCCUCAACAUCUACUACGCACUAUGCGAAAAUAUGGACUGGGAGUACAAAACCAACAAACACAUCAGAGAUCGGGAAACAGAUAUCAAUGGGUAUUUGAAACAGCGAUACAAGGAGUUGACGGAGCCCCUUUUAUUUGUCGCGUUGUUUGAUACCGAGAGAAACGAAGCGGCAAAGAAAGGGUGGAAAGAGCAAGAAACACAAAAAGCCGAGGUGACAGAACGAGAGAAAGAAGCUGAGAUCGAUCCUCUGGCUCCCUACCUCGCUCGUAUGUUCGGUUCUGGUCGCGGCACUGGUGCACCGCUUACGAUCAAGGAAGCGACCUUAGUUCGAGAACAAUGUAUCAACGACUUCAAAGCUAAACAACUGGCCAGACAGAAUUUGGUACAAGAAAGAUUCGACACGCUAAAUAGUGAAUACAAGAACAAGAGGUUGUGGUAUCUGGCGAACCAGUUCAUUCUGACGCCUGAAAAAGAGAGUGCUUACUUUGCUGCUAGCGCCGAAUUAGCGUUCAAGGUGCACGCUCUGGAAGUGAGACUGACCAGGCAUAAGGAUCUGUCAGAGCCACGCUACAAGAUUCUCAUGGAAUAUCUGGACAAGCAUCCGCUCCUCAAGGAUUAUAAUCGAAUGAGGCAUUACUAUGGCGUCAAAUAAACGCCUCUGUUCAGUUGAAUUCACGUUUGGAUCAAGGGUUGAGAAUAAACAGUGGCAAACGAAAACGUUUAAAAAAAAACAAUACAAAACUAAUAUAAUAUGUACUAUUCAUAGACAAAAUAAAGCAUUAUCUAUUUUUUAUAUGUUAACUAGCUUUUACCUGCGACCUUUUCCACGUAACAAGGAUACUUUUACCGACCAAGAUAAAAAAUAGCUUCCUUCUCUAUCGCAUAUGCCAUAUACUACUUGUAUAACCAAAUUCAUAGUUAAAGUGCUAUAUGAUAACAGACAUACUUAUAUUUAUCAUAUCCAUAAAGAUAUAUAAUUUAGAAUUAACGUAAUAUAUAAAAUUAAUGCACAAAUAAAUAAUAGCUAUAUUUCUUUUGUUGAAUUAUAUUGAUUCAAGUUCUUAACUGUAACUGUGAAGAGUUAUAGGAUAAAAAAAA